GGACUGAAAUUUUGUUUUUACCUAGUCCUUCGGUUCGUAAAUUUCCAUUUCAGAUCUCUGGGGUUUCAACUUUCCACCUACAGGAACCACAACACCACUCCUUACGAACACACUUUCAUUAACCGACAAGCAUGUUCUAGUUAUAAAUACUAGCAGGUCAAUUUCCAUUGCAUACUUCUAAGUUAACGUUGACGUAUUCAAUUAUUCUCCAACUUCCAAUCUCCAAGGCAACACCCAAGAACUCAUCUACAACACCAAAUAUCCAACAUGGACAGACUUCCAACCGAGACUAUCCACCGCAUCUUUGCACUUUUAGAUGUGGCUGACGUCAAGUCACUUCGUCUCGCCUGCAAGAGCUUCUCGAUCAUUGGAACAGAAUAUCUUUGUCCUAGCAUUGUCUUAGAGCUAGGACUCGACCCUUCCCAUAAGCUGAGGUCUAUCGUUAGCCAACCUGGAAUUGCCAAAGGCGUACAGUCGGUAGCGUUCUACUCUUUCCCGAUCCUUGUAUCGAGACUAGCGGCGAACGACUGCUUUGCGCAGAUCAACGUAGGAAACAAUGGAGUAGUCCAUGACCUUAUCCACGGUGCUUUUGUGAAUUUCGAGUAUCAUUACUUGUACUUCCUGCACGCACUCCCCCAGCUUCCGAAACUUCGGUUCGUCAAUCUGGACAUGCUCCCCUACGUCAACCACCUUGAACCCGGCCUGCUUGUGCUCCACGAGAGUCUCCCCAUAGUCACUGUGGCAAGCCAGCCCUUUAAGAUGCUGCUGCGCGUACUCUUCCACUCGGGCAUCAAGCUCGAAGGACUGACAACUAACUUCCUCGACUGGGGAUUCUUCGACUCCAGCCCGGAUGAGCUCGAAUCACUGUGGAAGCCUCUGACCGACCUCAAGUACCUGCGAUUCGAAUUCCACAACCGCCGCUUGGUGCAGCUUAUCCAUUCGGACAGAGUCGUCACUCGAUGCAACGCCAUCCUCGAAGCCGGCGCCCUACGAAACCACCUCGCUCAGCUCGCCGAGCUCCGAACCAUGGACAUAAACUUCUUCUUCACGACUAUCACGUACGACAUCCACCAGAUGACCGCGAGCUGGUCUACCGGUCUGCCGCUCGGCUGGGUGGUCCCUCACGAGUUCACCUGGCCGUACCUGAAGACCAUUCGGCUAUCCUACGUCCACACCGAGCGGCACGAAAUGAUCAAUUUCCUGUCCCGACACAAGCAGACGCUUCGCGUCCUGCAUCUGAGCAACGUGACUCUCUUGUCUACCUCGUGGCUCAUCCUGCUGGCCGACAUCAGGAAGGAAUUGCGCCUGACGGAGGCGCACCUCUGCGGACAUAUCUGGGGCCGCUACGAGAUCACGGAAGCACGGGCGGGCCAGGAGCAGCACUGGCCCAUGCAUCAAAUCUCGUCCGCCUUGCACGAUCAAGUCAACGAGUAUCUUUCAGCAGGGGAGGAGGAUGUUUCUGGCAUGGGCUUCACAUCCCCUGAGGCGAUUUUCAAUGCCAUAGAACUCGGUUUUCAUUAGUUGGGGAGUUGUAUUGGAAUGCCUCUAGUAUUAUACCCACAGCCGGACUUCCUAUUGUAUGAGAUGAGAGAUGGGGUGGAGGAAGCUAUUUGGCUAGGUACCAGGUAGAUGAUAUGUCCGCGGGUAUCCGCGUCGACUUUUCAUGUCUACUUGACAUCUUCGGUUAGGUUGGAUGAAAAGUUCUGCUUAGGUACUUAUGAGUCUAGAUAGGA